CUUUUGUUGGUCAUUUUAAUGCAUCCAUCAAAAUUUCUUCUCUAAAACUUGGAUCCAUCAACGAUCUAUUAAUUUAUAUAUAUAGCUAUAAAUUUUUUUAAUACAACAAAAGAAAUGGUGAGUUAGCGAACUUUAUCUCAAUGAGGAUCGUAGUUCAUUACGAAUAAGUGAGAUUUUGAUGUUUAUCUAAACCUAAGAUCCAAGCCUUUCUGAUUAGUUUCGUGAAAAACUCUUAAAAUCACCAUACAAAUACAAAUAACUAUAAAAGAUACACGACAAGGGCAAAGGUUGUACGUGUCAACCAACCGGAAGCCAUGUUCACGCCAUUUUUCGCUUUACUUUUUAUAUUAAACUUUUUGUAUUAAUAUUUUUAUGACUUUGUUCGCCGAUGGCUUAGAACAGUUAACCUGGACUUACUGUAUAAUAUCAACAGAACUCAGUCAUCAAUAAAUCCUUUUCCCCCGCCGCGACUGACAACAACCACUGUGAACUGCCGCUCAAUGGAGACGCCUGUGCGGACCCUGGAUCUAGAUGGCGUCCUCUCCGAGUCAAAGAGGAUCUUCAGAGCCAACUACAGCCACUUCCUCGCCUUAUCUUUCCUCUUCCUCCCUCUCUCUUUCUCUCUCAUCAUCAACCCUACCCUCAGCCUCUCCGGCAACUUCUUCACCUCCGAUCACUUCACGACGAUCACCUACAGUACAUACCAUGGUUUCUCCGGUAAGCCGAUCAAGUUCUUCGCCGCCGUCAAGUCCCUAACCUUCUCCUUCUUCCCGCUCGUUUCGACCGCAUGUGUAGCUCUGGUUCUUCUCUUCCUGAUCUCGUUGACUUUCCUCCUGUUUGUUGGAGUAAUCGUUAUGAUGGGACAAAACCUCGGGUUUGUAUUAAUCGAUUACAACUCGAUUCACUUCACGUGGUUUUCAGCCGUCGUAGGUGCGACGUUAAUAUUAAUCUUACUUUAUGUCCACAUGAACUGGUCUUUGGCUUUUGUGGUCGUUGUGGCUGAAUCGAAAUGGGGAUUUGCGCCUUUGAUCAGGAGCUGGUAUUUGGUGAAGGGCAUGAGAUCAGUUUCGUUGUGGCUGUUGUUGUAUUUUGGGGUUUUUCUUGGGUGUACUGUGUGGGUGAACUCCGACACUCUUCAUGCGAUGAGUAGCCAGACCUAUGCAUUAUUGCCGAUGAUUCUUGGUUCGAGCAUGUUGAUGUGGUUUUUGCUAUGGAGCACUGCUGCGAACACUGUGCUGUAUAUGUACUGCAAGGCUUUCCAUGGUGAAUUGGCUAUUAAGAUGGCCGAUGGGCUUGCUCACAACUACAUCAACUUGCCUUUCGAUGAUGAGAAAGCCCAUCAUGCACAUGUUGUCACUGUGGUCGCAGCUUGAUGAGGUUAGUGGAUUCUUUUCCAUGGAUAUUCACUAUAUGCUCACAUGGUUUUGUAACUUUUGCUCAUGUGAUAUAAUUCAGUUUCUUGAUGUUUGUAUGUAUAAUACAACUAGAACCUUGUGUAAUUAAUAUAGAAUGUUGUAAAGACAUGGUGAAUGUCAUAUGAUAAUCUUAUGCACUUGAAAUUUUGUCAUUUGCUUUA